ACUUCAACUCGACUCGCUCCCACUCUUCGAAACCCACCGAAAACCCGCAAGAGAAGAAUUCCUGCUCAACGAUCCUGCAGUUUGCUCGACUAAUCCUUUGGCUUCGAUCGCAAGCGUCAUCACCCUCAUCUCCGAUAACGCACGCCCGGGAGAAGUCCCAGCCUUCAAUAGCCUCGUCGCUAGCCUCUGCCCUGGAUCGCAGGAGUUUCGACCGAGAGCGUCUUCUUUCUCCGUUUGCUUCACUCUGGGCUUGACGUCAGCCUUCGAACACAAACCGUCGCCGCCCUAUCUUGCUCGAAGACAUCACCACCUUCAGAUUCAUCCCUCGCAGUCCCUGAUCAGAUAACUGUUCUAUGCUGCAAACAACCUUUUAAAUUGCUUUGAACGAUGGAUAAGUUAUUGGAAUUUGGUAGAAAAGCUUGGUUCGUUGUUAGAGUUAUUUCUGGAUAUGAGGAAAGAAAAAUUAGGUCCUACAGGCUGCAGCUUCAAAGACGCAUUGAACAGGCACAAGCAAGAAAGGUUGAGUUGAAAAGACUUCCUGAAAAAGCCAUACUGGCCGAGGUCCGUCGCAUGGUUGAAGAGAUGCAAAACCUGAAUCGGCAGCUAGAAGAAACAGAAACUGCUAUCGAGGAGUACUUCAAGCCGAUCGACAAAGAUGCCGAGAUGAUUAUUAAUUUACAGCUUGAAAAAGAGGAAAACCAAAUGAAAGAGAUGAUCAAAGCCAUGCGUGAGCAGUCUAUGCUACAGAGAGCAACGGCAAUGGAACCAUCAGAACCCAAAGAUUUAGGUGCCAACCAACCAACCCAACCAAUGGUGCCCAGCUCUUCACAACCUGAUCAGACCAAAUGAGUUGCUUACAAGCAGGCCGGAUGAAGUUUUGAGGUUAGCAAUUACUUUAUUUGAUUUUGAUUUAGGCAAUUAUCUGAAGUUGCAUUGCACAAAACACAUUUUUAUUGUUCGAUAUAGUUCAUUUUAUUAAUCAACGAAGUGCUCCUAAAGCCAGCUAGAGA